AGUGACGAUCUGGCAGUGAUGUCAACGACUACAAGUUAUGGUUUAGCAAGUGACACCUCUGUGAAGACCUUCACUGACGCCAUCGAUACAACGUCAACUCCAUUAGUUAUGCAAACAAACAGUGGAGACAAUGAGUCAUCUAAUUCAUCUGAAGAUGGCACAGAAUUGUUUACACUUCCAAUUGAAGAUGGCGAUGUAACGGAGCAAGUUCCUGAAGAAGUGACUAGUGACAGCGCUCUCGUUGCUAACGAACAUGGAUUUACUGAUUUGUCAAGUGGUGAAGUGGACACAAAUAGUGUGACUACUGAAGGAGGCUUGCAAACGCUCAUUGAAGAGGUUGAUGGAAGUUCUACUGCAGUGUCAGAUGACAGUGAAUCUACUAUUCAAAUUGGUUACAUGGAAGGCGAGUUGGGAGAGGAGGAAGGAACUACGGAAGACGUUGAAGAGAGUCAAAAUCAGGGUACCGAGGAGAGGAUUUCGAUAAGCCAGUCUACAAAUGUGGAUGACCAAAUCUUAACCACCACGACAAACUACGUGGUUUUCAAUAGCGAAACAGGAAAUCAGGACAGUGCGUUGGAGGGUAGUGGAACCACUUCAAACCCUGACGUCCAGAAUGCCUAUGAAAGCCCAGUUGAUAAAACUGAGACCGAAGAAUACAGAGACAAGAGUAAUCACUCUGAAACCCCCUCAGAAGUUCCACCAAGCCCAGUAACUGAAGUGGACUUUGAAGAGGAGGAGAUCGUGACCAUCGAGAAGAAAGACAUAGAUGGAGACUUCAGUGGUGACGAAAGGAAGAUUGAAGACAACGAGGCCCACGAGUUGCACGUCAAUACGACCUUUGAUGCCCUUCCAUCCAAUAUCAAACCAUCCACCGCCACAGACUUCAUCACAGAUGGAAGCACAAUCGAGGAAGUCCAGACUCAGCCCUUGCAUGCAGAAGAUGUUGGUGGGAACGAAACCAUGAAAGGAGGCGUGGAAAGUAUUGGACAGGCGAGAGCUAUGGCGGAGGAAACUACAGAAACGGCAACAUCUACCCCAAAGGCUGACAUAUCAAAUUCACCUUCCUCGGAGAACUCCACAAAGGAGGAAACCACUGCGGAUAGCCGUGUGGCGACUGUGAAAUUGUAUGCCACAAAUAUCGACAAAGCCUUCCAAAGAGGCUCUCCUUGGUUUCAGUCUCUUCGCGUGCAUAUUGUUGAGAGUCUUCAUGGAGUGAAGAGCAGCAUCUAUCAGGCUGCAACUUCGAUGGAGAAAGCUGUGGAGGAUCUACAAAAUGUCAUGGUGUCAUUCAUUGAUCGCAUUCAUGUGAACUCGCCAAAGGGCAUUUCCUCCGACCCCCCCAAUGAUGAGCCAAUAUAA